AGGGAGGUGCAGAUCAUGAGGCACUUGCCGAAGCACCCUAACAUUGUGUCGUUCAGAGAGGCUUAUGAAGAUAAAGAUGCCGUGUACCUUGUCAUGGAGUUGUGCCAAGGCGGCGAGCUUUUCGAUCGUAUUGUCGCCAAAGGCCAUUACACCGAGCGCGCUGCUGCUAAUGUUACCAAGACCAUACUUGAAGUCUGCAAGGUGUGCCAUGAACAUGGCGUAAUCCACAGGGACUUGAAACCUGAAAAUUUCUUGUUUGCAGAUGCAAGUGAGAGCUCCCAAUUGAAGGCUAUUGAUUUUGGUCUUUCCACAUUUUAUACACCUGGCCAAAGAUUUAAUGAAAUCGUUGGAAGUCCCUAUUACAUGGCUCCAGAGGUUCUAAGACGUAACUAUGGAAAUGAAGUUGAUAUAUGGAGCACUGGCGUCAUUCUCUAUAUUUUGCUUUGUGGAGUUCCUCCCUUUUGGGCAGAAACUGAGGAAGGAAUUGCACAAGCAAUCAUCAGGGGUCAUUUGGACUUCACAAGAGAUCCUUGGCCUAAAGUUUCAGAUGAAGCAAAACACCUUGUUAAGCGUAUGCUUGAUCCAAAUCCACAAACCAGGAUAACAGUUCAAGAAGUCCUUGACCAUUCUUGGAUACUACAUAGGGAGCAUGGUAGAAAUGUUUCCCUUGGAGACCAAGUGAGAAAUAGGAUCAAGCAAUUCUCCUUAAUGAAUAGAUUCAAGAAGAAGGUUCUUAGAGUGGUGGCUGAUAACCUUCCUGAUGAGCAACUUGAUAGCAUGACCAAAAUGUUCCAUAUGAUGGACAAGGACAAGAAUGGAGACUUGUCAUUUGAGGAGCUCAAAGACGGCCUUGCACUGUUUGGACACACACUUCCUGAUCUUGAUGUCAAGAUGCUGAUGGAUGCUGUAAAUGUUGAUGGAAAUGGCACCUUGAACCGUGAGGAAUUUAUCACAAUGAGUGUUUUCCUAAGGAGGAUUGGAAGUGAAGAGACUCUGACAGAUGCAUUCCGUGACUUUGACAAGAAUCAAACCGGAUUCAUCGAGUUUGACGAAUUGAAAGAGGCUUUAUCAGCUGAUGAUGAACACACUGAUGAGCAGGUGAUCACAGACAUCCUCAAUGAUGUGGACUUAGACAAGGAUGGCCGAAUCAGUUUCGAUGAGUUCAAGGCAAUGAUGAAGUCAGGAGCAGAUUGGAAGAUGUCGUCUCGCCAGUAUUCAAGAGCAAUGCUAAACGCAUUGAGUUUCAGGCUCUUCAAAGACAAAUCUGUGAAGGUAACCAAUUAAAACAUGAUGAGGAG